AUGCUGGAUGGGUACCAACUCCGCACUAAGUCCGCAAUAGACCAUUUGCUACAGGCGAAGCGCAGUCCCCGCUGGAGAACGCAAGCGAUUCAUGCGAUCAUUGACAUCGCCCUUGGUCUUGAAAGUGAGGAGCUGAACAUGGAUGAAGGCGCGGUUUACAUUUGUAAGCGGCUUUUGUACGAACUACCGCAAAACGAUCUGGAAACUAAACUAUAUGAGAAUUGGGUGCUACUUGCCAACAACGAUCUCAAUGAUGGAAUAAAAGGUUUCCAAGCACUGGAUAGAAAGUGUCACGUCGCCUCGCUAACAGGUUCUUGCGCUGGUUUAAUUAUGCAGGGCAAUGGCAAGAUUGCUAAAAAUCAGCUUGUUAGUGUCUUAUCAACGCCGUAUACUAUGAAAGUGGCAAAACACCUGCAAAAGGCACGACUUUUAUUAGGUCAGGAACUGAUUAACUCCGGGAAGCCGGCAAAGGCUCGUGAAGAGCUAGAAAAAAUUCUAGAGAAGAACCGCGGCUGUUGGCGUGCAAUGGAACUCCGUGGAAUUACUUUCGAAAUGGAAAAAAAUUACGAGGAAGCAAUGAAAAGUUUCGAAUACGGCUGGAAAAUGUGCAGCCGUAACAACCCAGCUAUCGGCUUUCGUCUGGCCCAAAUUUACCCAAAAGUCGACCAGCCGAUUAAGAGUAUUCCUAUCUGCCACUAUAUAAAGAAAAAUUUCCCUGAUUAUCCUCAGAUAGAUGAAAUCUUGGACGCCGCUCUUUAUCAAGUUAGACAUUGA